AUGACCGCUGAUAUUCAUGAGAACGGGACUCCUUUAGAGCAGAGGCUGUCUGUUCAAAAAUCAGUUGACCACGAAAUGCCAGAUGACUCCUCUGCUGGCGAGACUCUGGAUGUCGUCCUUGAUCCUGAGAUGGAGAGAAAGUUGCUGGUCAAAUUGGAUUUUGCAUUCGUACCUAUCAUCAUGCUCACCUACUUGUCAUGUUUCCUGGAUAGAUCCAAUAUCGGGAAUGUCAAGGUAGCCGGUAUGCCAGAAGAUAUCAACGCCUCGGACACCCAGUUUUCAACCGCAGUAUCUAUCUUCUAUGUGACAUACGUCUUGUUUGAAUCGCCAUGGGCUGUGCUCAUGAAGAAACUAACGCCGCGAAACAUCUUAACUGGGCUCUGUAUUGUCUGGUCCUUGACCACAAUCUUCACUGGCUUCAUCGAAUCCGUCGGCUCGCUGUAUGCCACUCGACUCAUUCUGGGUGCCUGUGAAGCGGGGCUUUUCCCUUGCCUGAACCUGUAUCUGACCAUGGUUUAUCGGCGCGAGGAACAGGCGAAGCGUGUGUCCUACCUGAUGAGCUGUGCUGCUAUCUCGGGAGCCGUUGGUGGUCUUUUGGCAUAUGGACUGUUGCAGAUGGAUGGUAUUGGAGGUAAAGCAGGCUGGAGAUGGGUUUACAUCAUCGAGGGAUUGUUCAGUGCAAUCUGCGCCAUUUUGAUUUGGUUUGGACUCCCGAACAACCCGGCAGAGGCCUACUUUCUUACAGAGGAGGAAAGGUGGAUGAUGCGCGUCCGGAACGAGCAACGGCGGAAGUAUAUGGGCAGUGAGAAAUUUAGCUGGGAAGAAAUGCGCAUUGCCUUUGGGGACCCCAAGCUCUUCUUCUCCGGGGUAAUCCAGUUCUGCCAGGACAUUCUUCUAUAUGGGUUCAGUACAUUCUUGCCCACUAUUCUACAAGGCAUGGGGUACAAUUCCUUGAUGAGCAAUGUCUUGACUGUUCCAGUCUAUAUCUGGGCCGCUAUCGUUUUCAUCUCGGUUGCCUUUUGUUCGGAUAGAUAUUCGAAGUUUGCAUCGUUCAUUUUCGCCGCCAACAUAUUUGGGGUAAUUGGGUACAUCCUGCUGUUGGUGGUCGAGAACACUGCUGUCAAGUACUUUGCGACAUUCUUGAUUGGCAUCACUACCUACACCGGCGUCGGCCUCAAUGUUGCUUGGCUAAAUGUUAAUAUUGCACCGCAAUAUAGAAGGGCCCUAGAAAUUGGCCUGCAACAGACAAUGGGUAAUUGUGCUGGUAUCGUGGCUGGUCAGAUUUAUCGUCAGUCCCCGUACGUGUUGGGGAACGCCUUUUCUCUAGGAGCGCUGGUGGUAGCACAGGUAGCUGUCGCUGGGUACGGACUGUACUUGCGGCGUGAGAACAAGCUGAAAGACCAGAUUCUCAACGGAGAAAAAGACGAUACCCGACGUAUUCGGUCGGGUGAUGGUGCCGUGGACUUUAAGUAUCACUACUGA